UAUUCCAGGAGAAGAUCAUCUUCAUCCUCACCGAUGGAUUAAGAUGGGAUCGAUUUGGUCAGGAUUUGCCCAAUUUUAUGAAGAUGGAAGAAAAUGGGGUGAAAGCUGACUGGUUAAAUGGCGUCUUCAUGACCAUGACAAUACCAAGCACAUUCUCUAUUGCUACAGGUCUGUACCCUGAAAGCCAUGGCGCGAUCCACAACCUCUUCUUCAACGCUACGUCCGGGGAGAAAUCACCGUCAUUCAUGGCGACCAUGAAUUACACCGAGUGGUUUGACGCAGGCGCGGAACCGAUUUGGGUGACGACGAUCUUACAAGGUGGAAAGGCCGGUACCAUUCUCUACACGGGGAGUAAUGUACCCAUCAAGGGGGUGGAACCAACCAAGAAUAUACCAAUUGACCUAUCAGGAUCAUGCUUUAGCAUACCAAUGAAUGAACGAAUUGACAACGCGUUGUCAUGGAUGACGAGCCGAGAUUUCGACAUCGUCGUCAUCUACUUCAACCUGCCAGACUUCACCCUCCAUAGCUACGGGACCGAGGACCAGCGCACAAUCGAUACCUUAUACGAAGUCGACGACGCCAUCGGCUACCUAUUCGAACGCCUCGAGGAAGAAGACCUUACCGACACCGUCAACGUCAUCAUUGCCAGCGACCACGGGCACAUCAACUCCGAGGUUGGGAAGCAUGUUUUGUUGUAUGAUUACAUCAACGUUACGGAUGUUGAUUUUAUUAUCGCAGAUUACGGUCCAUGUUUUCAGCUUAACGCCGUUGAUGGCAAACUUGACCAGGUUUACACGGCUCUAGAGAAUGCUCACCCUGCACUCACCGUCUACAAGAAGGAUGAACUUCCGGAGAGGUAUCACUAUGGCAACAACGAACGCGUUCUUGAUAUAUUUGGUUGUGUUGAUCCUGGAUGGCAUCUCCAUACGACAAUCCAAGGCAAUGAUACCUUCCUCAUCUCUGAUCAUGGAUAUGAUAACCAAUGGAUGGUCAUGAAGUCAUCUUUCUACGCUCAGGGCCCACACUUCAAGAAGAACUACCGCGCAGAACCCUUCGAAUCGGUGGACAUCUAUUCCAUGAUGUGUGAGAUCCUUUCGCUGGACCCAGCUCCAAACAAUGGAUCACGCGAACGAUACGCGGAUAUGUUUGCUUCGGACGCAGCGAUCCGAAUGGUUCCGACAAGAGUCCAAAUCUCUCUGCUCCUCAUCUUCGUAAUGGCAAUAUUUGUGUAAAAUAUGUUUCGGAUAGAAUUACUUCAAUGUUGUAUAUAUACAGUUUAUUUUGAUUUAGGCGCUCAACAGACUUCCAGUUCCUCGACAUUUAGUAAAAAAAAGUAUCUUUAUGUCCGGCUCAUAAAACCACUCUCACUUUAGACAGGAAGAGAGAGAGAGAAAGACAAAGAGAUAGAGAGAGAGAGAAAGAAGGGUAGAGAGAGAGGGGGUGGAGAGAGGGAGAGGGGGGUGGGUUAGGGGUGGAGAGAGAAAGGGUUCAUGGUCGUAUUUAUAUCGAAAAAAAAAGGUUAACAGACAAUGUACGUGCUUGUCUGGUACUGCAUCCUUCUUAUUCUAAUAAUACACAUCGAGGUGCCAGGGAGAGAAGGUUUUAUGAUCCUGUCCUACUUAUUCUGUUACCCUCAACACGGUUUCUUUACCCCUGUUAAAAAAAAAGUAUCCCUUUUAUUGGUGGGAGGUGCAAUAUGAAAAUUUAAGAACCAAACUUUUUUUUUAACAUUUUAACUCUGUUUAAACUCUUUCAUUGAGAUAUAGUAGUGGUGUGUUUGCUCGACUUAUUUACUUAUUUAUUUUGUUUAGAUCGAAUAGCAUGUGUCAUUUUGAUUUUUCUUUUCAUUUAAUUCAUUCAUAAUUCAUCUGUGUACUGUAUAUAAUAUGGGUGAUGCAUGUACAGUGCGUUUUGAAAUGUGUAAGAACAAUUAAUGGGUAGAUUUGCAUUUUGAAUAUUGAAUAUUGAAUACAGUUGAAUAAAUUUGCGACACAUUACAUUCUGAAGAUGCGCCGUUCAGUUUUUUAUAAUUGGAUAUAAGUUAUGAGGUCACAGAUGGGUGGAACGAUUAAUAGGACGGUAAAGAGACAGAAAAAAUUAAUAGACAUAAUAAUUAUGUAAAAGAGACGCAGAGAAUGUCAGGGAUUGACAGAGAGAAAUUGAGAUUUCACAUGGAGUGGAUGGACACAGACGGACAAGAAAGGGGCGGGGGGGGUGAGAGAACUGAGAUACAGCGGAAACACAAUUCAGAAAAGGAGGAGAUAAAAAGGGAGAGGAAAGAGAGGGGAUUCGUUGAAUUGGAAUAUAGAUGACAUGACUGAGGGCCCGUUGCUUAAAAAUUAGUAUUAUGGUAACUUUGCCAUAAAAAAGCAUUGUUACCAUGGUAGCUACCAUCGGAUGGCAAAGUUACUUGUAUGCAACGGUGCCAAUGAUAGGAACCACGUUGAAUAGAGAGAGGGGGGGGGGGUGAAGGGGAUACAACAAGGAGGUACAGAAGGAGUAGAGAAUUAUGAUUGUAUAUAUUCACAGGUUCUUGACAUCAUGGUAUUAUUUUUCGAAUAACAGAGUAAUAAAUAAUAAUAAUAAUAAUGUACAUUUAUAUAGCGCUUAUUACAGUAGUUUCUAAGCGCUUAACAUUUAUAUCUUCGUGUUCUCAUUCUUUGUUGCUGUUUUGAAUUUAUACCCUUCAUCUUUAUUACAUAAUGUAUGUGAAUGUAUUAUUGUUGACAGGGUCUCACGGAAGACCAGCUUCAUUGGUGAUGAUGAGUCACCCUGUCUAGUAAUUAAAAAAUAAAAUAAUAAAUAAGUGAAUAAAUAAAUAAAUAAAUAAUAAAAUACCAGUUGUAUACAGUGG